AGAGGGCAGGGACGAAGGGGCUGCCUGAGGCUGACAGUGGGAGGAGGGCUCCCACCCCUCAGAGGACUGAGCUGUAAACUCACCUUCAUCCUGCUUCUCCCUCAGAGUUGGCAGAGGUGCGUGCGGAGGAGAAAGCCCAGCGCUGCCGGAGCUGAAACUCUGCAAGUGCUCGCUGACGAUGCGCGCCACGUUCUCAUGGAUUCGGGACGCUCCCCGCUUGUGGGAACCUGCAUGCAUGCUGUGCGGCCAGACCUAUGCCGAUCCGGACAUCUGUGGGCCCAAGCAGCUGGAGUUUGGGAUAUGUGCUCAUGUGUUCUGUAUGGCAUUUUCCAACGGCCUUUUCCAGCAGGCAAGAAUUGUCGACAGAACGGCAGAGGUGACCCCAGAAGACGUCCAACGCGUAAUCCAGGAAGCGGAGCACAAGCACUGCUUCAUUUGUGGCGAACUGGGGGCCCCCAUCACCUGUGCAGAGACGGGCUGUGAACAGAGUUUCCAUCUGUCCUGUACCCGGCAGGGUGAAUGUGUCACCCAGUACUUUGGAGAGUACAGUUCAUUCUGCCAGCAGCACAGCCCUAAGCAGGCUGCGGAGGCGGCUCCAGAGCAGAAUACCAACUGCAUUAUCUGCAUGGAGCCAGUGGAGGACAAGAAGUCCUACCUCACCCUGGUGUGCCCAGCCUGCAAGCACGCCUGGUUCCACCGGGCCUGCAUCCAGGGACAGGCCAUCCGUGCAGGCGUCAACUGCUUUCAGUGCCCCCUCUGCAGAGAUACGGAUGCCUUUCUAUCCGACAUGCUUGUCAUGGGCAUCCGAAUCCCACUCAGCGGGCCAACGUGGGAGGAUGACAACGCAUACGCAUCGCUGGGAUUGAGACACGAGCGCUGCGAUGCCAGUGAUUGCCUUUACCCACUAGGCAGGGAGCAGGCAGAGGGAGAGGGGCCCUGGGAGCUGCUCCUGUGCAGCUCUUGUGCUGCGGAAGGCACUCACCGGCGCUGCUCCUACCUGAGCAAUGACGCAGAUGCUUGGGAGUGCAAAGCCUGUGCUGGUGUGGGCACCGCCUCCAGUGUAAACUCAGAGGUCACCGGCCCCAGCACUCUCAGCCAGCGUGGACUGCUGCCAUCCCACGACUCCACAGUUCCUGAGAGCAGCAGCUCCAGCACUGCCAGCCAGGCAGCAACAGGGCCUGUUCACAGUUCCCAGGUGCCUGAGAGCGGCAGCCAGUCCAGCCAGCCCGGGACAGCCCAAAUGGAUGAAGACAUCCAUAAUCAUCCCCGAGGUUGCCAUGGGAGCAGCCAUGCUGACAGAUGCCCCACAACAUCAUCCAGGCAGAGGGCAUCACGGUCCUCAAGGGCUUCCCUGGCAGUUGGCAGCUGCAGGUCCAGACUGGGUGAGCGGACUCGGACACGAAGCCGCACUCCAAUACAAUCUCAGGUCCUGGAUUCCCACAGCCAUCCCCGGAGGCUCUCCCGGAGGAGCCAGGCACCAGCUGCAAGGGCUGAGAGUGGCUCCCAACACUACACCAGAAGGGGAGCACUGCGGCCAUCAGGGGAUUCCCCAGCGGCUGGUCGCAGAAGACAGACCAGGCAGCAGGCCCAGACACGAAGCCGCUCCCCUGUGGAACGUCGGCCUGCAGAAUCCCGGGGCCAGCUCCAUAGACACCACAGGAGCCAGUCCAGGCGACGAGGGCAAAGCCGCACCUGGGGACGUCAGGCUGAGAAUGCCCACAGCCAACCCCAAAGAUGCCACAGAAGUAGGCGAACAUGA